ACCUACGUUCAUUGUUGUUGGGCUCGUAUUGAGAGAGUUUGUGUUUUUCAAUUUCACCAAAAAAUAAUUAAUUUUCAAUUGGCAUCUUAUCAACUGAUCAACUGGAGUACAGUUAACACUUGGAAAGUUGUAAAUUGUAUAUCGUGAAAUUUAUUUUCAUAUAUAACCCAUAAAAUGGGUGAAAUAAAGUCUGUUAAAGUGGACAAUUGGGGAGUUUUCUUCCUUCAGAAACUCCAAAACUUUUUUAAUAAAACUGACUACUGCGACUUAACAUUACAAUUUCGCGACAACUCGCAACUGAAAGUACAUCGUUUAGUAUUAAGCGCUUGCACAGACUACUUUAAUGUUCUUGAACAAACGUGCGAAGUCAUAGAUGAUGCGCUCAUAAUGCCCCUGGAACUGCAAGCCGAUGUAGUAGUCCCUAUUGUGAACUUUAUGUACACAGGAACGUUAGAGUUUGAGUUGAAGAUGUAUGGAAAAUUAUUACGUACAGCAAAAGAAAUGAAUAUGACGGUGCUACUUAAACUUUUGGAAGCGCAUCGACGUACUAUGGAAGGUGUAAAUCGUGCACAAAGGCCACCAAGUCCGAAAUCCAUUCGUCGUCGUGGAACACCAGUGAACAACCAACAGAUUGCUGCUCCACCACAAAAACGUGUAAACGCUAACAAUACAUCAACACUACAAUCAAGGCGUGUUGCACAGCCAAGAACUAUUGCAACAAGUACACCACAGGCACAAAACGCACAAUAUCGCCAACAGAGCGGUAACGCGACUUUACUUAGAACACCAACUCUUUCAACUUCACCUACAAAAAUACAUAUUGGACAUGACAUCAAACGUGAAAUUGAAGAUGAUCUAUCGAAUCCACCACAACAACCACCUUCGCCGUUUGAACAACUACGAAAAGGAGUUAGCACUAAAAGAGCAAGCUCUGUAAGCUUCAUAUCUCCACCUGCUAAAAAACCAAACAUUGAAGAUGUAAAAGAAUUUGCGGAACAACAGCGCAUGCGUAAACAAAUUGCCGCGGAGUAUGCUGGUGAUGAUGAAUAUGAAGGUAUGAUGGAUGAUGAUAUUCAUAACGAUGACGACGACGAUGAUGCAGUAAAUACAACUCCUUCUUCCACAACAGCUAUAAAAACGCAAGAAUUACCAUCAUAUACUUUUAAAACAGAUAAUGGAGACAAGAUUCCAACUAUUGUGGUUAAAGAAAAUUCUGGUAAUAAAUUAAAUACAACCAAAAUUAUAUCAGAAGUAAUGCGUCAGUUUCCGCAUUUGGCAAAAUCAAACAAGAGUAUAAAAUUAAAAAUUGUAACUGGUCCUAGUGGGUUCCAAAAAGUUAUUAUCAAAAAAGAACAAAUUGAUAACAUUCCUGAUGGGGAUAAUCCACAGCAACAACAGCAAAAAUCCCAAAUAAUUGCAAGUCAAGGAAAUACGAAAGAAACAAAAAUAAUUAAGCAAACGCCAAACAACGUCGUUUCUCAGCAAAAGAAAGAUUUUGGUGAACGUACAUCAACGUCCGCGCAAACAGAAACAACAAAUAGUGUUUCUGGUAUGCAAAAACGUCGAAUCGAUAGUAAAACAAUGCAUGCAUUGCUUGCUUUAGGAGCAGAAAACACAACUGGACCGUGGCUUUGUUUGAGAUGCGGUGUUAGUGGUCGUCCUAUAAGUAUUCCUUCUUAUCGCGGAUUCCGUAGACAUUUGAUAAACACCCAUAAGGAAUCAAUUGAUCCUGCGUUAUGUGAGCAUUGUGGAUGGCGUUCUACCCAUGAGAAAGAAUUACAUUUACAUAUUCAAGUGGAACAUAAUUUAAAUUCAUCAAUUUACAAAUUUCCGGAAUGUAGUAUGUGCGCUGAAAUAUUUAUAGAUACUGAUGCAUUGCAUCAGCAUAUGAUUGAAAAUCAUAAUGAAGAAAAUAAGCAGCAAUGUAUAUAUUGCAAUAAAAUAUUUGCUAAAGAAUUGCAAUUAUAUACACACAUGAAAACUAAUCACAAAAAACAGGCUCUUGAUGAUGGUAUUAUUGAUUACUCUGAUGAAGAGUUAGUAAAUAUUUUAAAAGAUACCGAGCAAGAAUCAUCCCAGCAAUUAAUGGAAAGUGGCAGUUCAAAAGUUAAAAUUAUUUCUGACAUAAGUUUACCUAGCGCAGGUACACUAUUAAAAUUGGACUCCACAACAGAUGUGCAAAAAACAUUAAAAAACAAACCAUCAAUAGGUUCCAAACUCAUAUCAACUUCAGAAAAUAUUGCUACUAGUGUAGAUCACAAAUUUGUGGCUUCUGAUGGCAGCGAAUUGAUAUUAACUAGAGAGCAACGAAAAGAGAUCUUAACGCAACUUAAUCAGGAAAAAAAUAAAAAUGCUUUAAUUGUUAAGGGUCAGACAGGUUGUAAAAGAGGAUCUAUAUCGGAAGGCUUAAAUAUUGUAACAAUUCCAGUAAAAGACAAUACUAGUCCAAAAGCUGAAAUUGAGUCAAUAGAAGACGAAUACGACGAUAGUGAAAUUUAUAAUGAAAUGAGAUCUCAGAGUGUUAGCUCGCCAGCAACACCAUUAGAAGAUGAAGUAGAAAUAAAAAGAAAUUCUUCAAAUAAUCUAGAUGAGAGCAAGGAAUCAAUUGAAAAUCUAGAAUGGGCGGAAAACUUAAUUUCAGAACAUGAAUUAGCAGAGGAAGUAACAGAUAAUAAAAAUAAUGAGAAAAAUAAUAAAUCAGAUGACGAUAUUAGCAAGAAAUUGAAGGAGCUUACUGGUGAUUGGUCAGAAGAUGAAAACGAUGAAGAAGAGAUUGCUGCAGCAGAGUCUCAAUCCGAAUUCGAUAAUUCAACUGAAAAAAUAGUAAAAAUUGAUGUUUCUGCAAGUGAAAAAUCUUGCGAUGAUAAGUUGUUAUCUGAAAAAGCAGUAGAAAAAGAUAGUACGGCUGAAGUAAAGUCAGAAAAUGAUGUUAAAUUAGAAGACGAUGAUAUUGAAUUGGCUAUGAAAAAUUUGCACAGUGACGAUGCAAAUGAAAGUAUUACAUCCGAAUGUGUUGAAGAGGAAAAAGUUGUUGAAGAAAAUGAAGACGCAAAUGAUGGAAAUAAAUUUGAAGUGGAAAAUGAUAAAGAAAUCAAAAGUGAAGAAAAAACUGAUAUUACUGAGGAAGUAGAUUCUGGUGAAAACGUAUUGCGAUCUGAGGAUGAUAUCGAACCAGAUUUUGAAAAAGUUGAUGAAUUUCAAAAUUGUUCAGAAAAAGAAAUAGAAUUAGGUAAUGACGAAGCAGAUAACGAAUUCACAGAUUCUCCUAUUGCUUCAGGUGUACAAAUAAUUGAUGAAUUACUAACGCAAGCAACAGGUGCUGAAAAGGAUGAUAAACAUUCGGAGAAAGUAGAAUGCGAAGCAGCUAAUAUUAAAGUAGAACCAUCUGAAGCAAAGAGUUCAAUUGAGGAAGAAACUGCUACAAAGACUUCAUCAACAGAUGAGAAAAUCAAAAAUAUUGAGAAAAAUAAAGAAAAAUCUGAGGAUAACGUAAAAAAUUUAAUAAAAGAAUGGGGCGAAGAUGAGGAUGGGGAUGGUGAUGGUGAUGGUGAUGGUGAUGGUGACGGUGACUCCACAAAGAAGUUAUAAACACAAUUUUAGUACGUAGUUUAUUAUUUUACGUGUAAUAUUUUUCAUUGCUAGGUUUUAUGAUUUUAAC